AUGAGAACGAUAUUGUUUGCAGCCAUUGUAUUUGCCAUUUACUUUAUUGCUAAUAUAUCAGCAGCUAGCAAUGAUAAAGAUGAACUUUAUGUAACAAAAAAAGUUUAUUUCGAUAUUGAAAUUGGAGGAAAGAAAACUGGUCGAAUUGUUAUUGGCCUAUUUGGAGAUGUUGUACCAAAAACAACUGAAAACUUUGCACAGCUAGCUGAUGGUUCAAAGGGUUAUGGUUACAAAGGUUCAAAAUUUCAUCGAGUUAUUAAAAAUUUUAUGAUUCAAGGAGGUGAUUUCACACGAGGAGAUGGCACUGGUGGAAAAAGUAAAGAUACAAACGGAUCUCAAUUUUUCAUCACAACAGUAAAGACUGAAUGGCUUAAUAAUAAACAUGUUGUAUUUGGAAAAAUUUUGGAAGGCAUGUCUGUUGUUCACAAAAUUGAAAACGGCAAAACUGGUCCCGGUGAUCGUCCACAACCUGACGUUAUCAUUGCUGACUGUGGUGUUAUCACUGUCGACGAGAAAAUGGCUGUUGAUAAAGCUCCAUCAUCAAGAGAUUUAGCUUUAGAAAUACCGUCACAUUUAAUGAACAACGAAGAUACAUCAUUCAAUGUGAUUGAAAUGAUGAAUGAAGUAACGUCAAUAUCUGUCAAAUUAAGCGAAUCUCUACCUCAAAUCUCAACUAUUUCCACUUAUAAUCCAUUGUUCGAUGAGACUCACAGUGAUAUUGCAAAUACCAGUAACCUCAACGAGAUUGUUAGUGAUCAUGAUUUAAUUUCUCCAGAUAAUACACUACCAGCAUUAUUAAAACAAACAAUGUCAUCUGUAUCAUCAUCCAUUCAAAAACCCUCAAAAAAACAAAAUACAAAACCAAAACCAAAUCAGGAACAACAACCGUUAACGACUGUAAAAUCAGAAAGAAAGGCAUCCGAAACCGGCUCUUCCGAUGUCACAGAAUUAACUGAUCGUUUCGCAAAUGUCAACGCAGCCCAGUCAGCACAACCAACAAAAGCACAACUACGCGCUGACAGAAGAGCUAUACAAUCUAAACAGCCAAACAAGCCAGAGCAACAACCAUCAGCUGGAAGGAAAAUAUCAUCUGAUUCAUUACAUAAAAACACAACUUCCAGCACUACCAUUUCAAAUACGAAUCAUUUAACGCCAAUAUUAUCAGCAAACACUCGGCCAAUAUCAGAAGCUGGCGAGUCAGUAUACAGUGAACGACCAAGAUCUGUACGAACUGGUUCUAUCGUUACUCCUACUCAACAACAACAACAACAACAACAACAACAACAGCAACAACAACAACAACAAAAGAAUUUAGCCAAAAUAGAAGAACGUGUUGCCCUAUUUGCACAUUUGAAAAUCUUUUCAAAGAACAUUGAUUUAUUAACAUUAGCACCGGAAUCAAGAAUAAUUCAUCCUGCAAUAAUCAAAUUGGGUUUACAGUAUGCCAGUGGUCAAAUAACUGGUUCGAAUCUUCGUUGUGUGUCAUUUUUAGUGGCGCUACAAAAGAUGUUAGAGGAUUAUGACGGGCCACCAAGUGGUGAAUCUUGUCCACGUGACUUAGAAGCGAAACUAAAGACGAGUAUUAAUUUUUUGACUAAAUGCCGACCAAACGCCGUUAGUAUGGGUAGUGCCAUUCGUUACAUAAAAGCAAACAUAACAAAAUUAGACAGAGAUAUUUCUCCUCACGAUGCAAAAGAAGUAUUAACUGAUGUUAUAAGUCGUUUUGUACGUGAAAAAAUAUAUUUACCUUCUGAAGCCAUUGCGCGUACAUAUGCAAUAACAAAAAUCGCCGAUAACGAUGUUAUUCUUAUAUUUGGAUAUUCAUCUUUAAUUAUGAGAAUAUUAGCAGAAGCUGUCGAUAAGGGUAUUGAUUUUCGUGUUAUUAUUGUCGAUGCUCGACCACAAGAACAUGGAUUACAGUCAGCACGUCGUUUAUUAUCGUUAAAUGUAAAAUGUACAUAUGUUUUAAUUAGUGCUGUCCCGUUUGUUAUAUCUGAAGUCAGUAAAGUUUUAUUGGGUGCUCAUGGCCUUCUGGGAAAUGGGUAUGUGAUGAGUCAAGUGGGAACAGCACAAAUAUCAUUAAUUGCUAAGACUCACAACGUUCCCGUGUUAGUGUGUUGUGAAACAUACAAAUUUUGUGAGCGUGUACAAACAGAUAGUUUUGUUAACAAUGAAUUAGGUGAUCCAAAUGAUUUGAUAAGACCGCAUGUUCAGUUAUGUGAAGCAGUACAACGGAGUGCUAAUCUUGGUGUAUUAAACAUGACUUACGAUGUGACACCACCGACAUUUAUCAGUGCUGUCAUUACCGAAUUAGGUAUUUUACCGUGUACAUCCGUAGCUGUUGUUAUCAGAAUGCAGAAUAAAGAAUUAGAUGAACUGAGGCAAGAACAGUCUCAAACAAGCUAA